AUGGCUGGCGUCGGCCACGGCUCGUACUGCCAGCGCACGAUGCGCCAGCGCGAACAUCUGCAUCCGAGCGUGUACACGCUGCCGCCGCCGACUGAGAACGAGGUGCUCGCAAUGGCCGCGCUGCCCAAGGCGCUCGAUUGGUGCGAGCGCGGUAUGUGCACGUCGUCUUGGAACCAGCACAUUCCGCAGUACUGUGGGUCGUGCUUUGCGCAUGGCGCGCUCUCAAGUGCGAACGACCGCAUCAAGAUCCUCAACCACAAGCUCGGGUUUAAUGGGCCGGAC